AUGAAGAACUUCGCUACCGUUGCGGCGUUCGCUGCUGGUGCGAAUGCCCUUAUUGGCAGGAGUAACAGUUGUUGCUUUCACCUGACUGCAUCCGGAGGCGCUUCUGGGACUGUCGGACAGCUUGAUGACGGACAGAACCGCAUCCAUGGUGGACUGGGGGAAGCAGAGUUCUGUAUCGACUCCAAUGGUGCUCUCACUGAUGGAAACGGUCGUGGAUGCAUUAUUACUGGUCCAACUACACAAUUCCAGUGCGAUGAAGGGGCCACUCCCGUGACUGGUUGGUCUAUCGACUCUCAGGGCCAAGUCUCGUACAAUGGUGAUGCGGAUUUCGUUGCAUGCGCGACUGGCCAGAAUGGCGGGUUGAAUAUCUAUACCACAGAGAGCUCUGAUGUGACUGGAUGCCAGGAUAUCAAGUUGUCUGCCGAUUCUUGCUCUAGCUCUGCUUCUAGCUCUAGCUCAGUCGCCGUCCCUGGCUCUAGCACUCCUAUCCCUGGCUCAUCAUCUAGUACUUCUGUACCUGUUGUGCCUGGUCCAUCAUCUAGCGCCCCGGUUCCUGGAUCCAGUGGAUCUGUUGUCACCAUUCACACGACUGUGACCUCGACUUACUGCCCCGAGUCAUCGACUGUGCCUGGUAUUCCCGGCACCCCGGGCACUCCUGGUACUCCGGGCACUCCAGGUGUUCCUGGAACUUCUGCUACCCCCGGAGUUCCCGGAGUUCCCGGUACCUCUGGUGUUCCUGGAACGUCUGGUACUCCCGGUGUCCCUGGCACAUCUAGUGUUCCGGUCAUUCCUGGCACAUCUGGCACCCCUGGUGUCCCUGGAACUUCGAGUGGCCAGCCCUCCCAGACUGUGACUAGUGCUCAGCCGUCUGGUACUUCCACUGCGGGUGGGAGUUGCCCCAUGGAUCUCUCUGGCGAAUAUGAAUAUCCUCACUUGAUCAUCCCUAUCGACUCUACCUCACCCGAUACGGCUGCUGGCACGUCUUUCAAUGGCACCAUCUCGUCCACCGUCUCGACCAUUUUCAAUUUUGACAUCCCCUCCUCUGACGCUGGAAAGACGUGCAGCCUUGUCUUCCUCUUCCCCAAGAAGGAAGAUCUUGAGACCUCGUCUUACUCCUUCAGCGGCGACGGCAAGGUUGACUUCUCUUCCCUCCAAUCCGCUGCCACCCAGUCUACCACCUACAACAACGCCCCGGCAGUGAAGGAAGACUAUGGGGACUUUACUAUCUCUCCCGGUAAUUCCUACCUCAUCUCCACCUUUGAGUGCCCGGCUGGCCAGGCCGUCGGCUACGAAAUGAAGAACUCUGGCAGCACCGAACUGAAUUUCUUUGAGGACUACAACCCAUCCCCUCUCGGUCUGUACAUCACUGUCUGCUAG